AUGAACGAAGACAACAUUAAGAAGAGGUUAUUAAAAUGGAAUCAGCAGGAGACAGACUUGAUCAUUCCUUUGGUAUUGGACAUUGGGAUUUAUGAUCAUAUCACGUUAGACAAUAUUUCAUACGUUCUGGUCUCUGUGAAGAAUUAUCAAAAAAGCACAGAUACUAAUUACUUCAACAAUGUAAUAAGCAUGAAUUCACUAUUAAAUGUUGAAAUAGAACAAUUACCCACCUUGCUGUUCCUAUUAUUAUACAUGCAAUUUAGUGCUAACGUGUCAGGUGUAGAUAAAGAAUAUCACUUUCCGCAAGUUGGUAUAAUUGCUCAAACCACAAAGUUAAAGAUAAAAAAGAUUCAACAGCGUGAAAGUAGCAAGCAAAUGCAACUAUUGGUGUAUGCGUCAGAGGAAUCUGCUAUAAGUUCACAAUCGCAGUCAACUCUUAGGGUGGAAACUAAUGUUCAUUAUGGAACUGCAAAAAGCAGAAGUUCUUUAAUACUAGCAUCUUUUAAUUCAAUAGAGCAAAAACUUAUUUCUAAUUUGAAAUUAAAAUUGUGCGAAUCAUUGAAGAAGGCAGAAGAUGCUCUUGAAGUAGUUAGACAAUGGAGAGUAAGGCAAAGCAAAGAAAAAGAUGACAACUUAGAAAAAGCUUUGAAAAAAAUAGAGAUACUAGAAAAUGUUGUGACAUAG